CAUUCAUGGAUUUUAUAGAGAAAUUAAAGUUGUUGGACAUGAUAAUGUGCCAAAAGAAGGUCCACUUAUAGCUUGUUCAACACAUAGUAAUAUGAUAGUUGAUCCGGCAGUACUUGCCGUUACGUUCCCUCAUCAAAGAAAACUGCAUUUCUGGGCAAAGAAUUCUCUUUUCGCUAAUAAGUUCACGAGACCUAUUUUAGUGAGCGGAGGUGUUGUCCCUGUGGAUAGAACUACAAAGAAUAACAAAGCAUUAUUUUCAGCCACAUUGGAAGUUCUGAAACUCGAUGAAGUUGUUGCUGUAUUUCCAGAAGGCACGUCUCAUUCCGAAUCUCGAUUAAUGGCCGCUUUAGAAUAUGCUUCGCAAAUCGCGCAGCAAGAUCACAUUGAAGAAUCCAAUAGUGACGAUGAUAUCGUCAUUGUCAAAAAACGAAAAGGAAAACAGAUUAUAAUUAUUCCAUGCGGGAUAACAUACGUGCAAAAAUCAAAAUAUAGAAGCUCAUUAAUAGUAGUGUAUGGUCCGCCUAUACAAAUCGAUCCGUACCUUAAAGAUUUUUAUCUCGAUAAUCGAUCUUCUGUCAAAGCAUUGACAAAACGUAUUGAGUCUGAAAUAGAAAAAUUGACAAUAAAUGCUUCAAGUUGGGAGAUUUCUAAUGCUGCUUCAAUGGCUCGAAUGCUUUAUUUUUCUGAUGACAAGCGCGUUCCGCUUGAAGAUUACGUGAAAGUCACACAAAGUCUCAUUAAUUUUUUCACAAACACAACAUCAGAAGAAGUAACAACCUUAAAAAAUAUACUCAACCAAUAUAAUACAACUCUGAACUCGCUUCACCUCUCGCAUUAUGAUAUUUCAAGAUAUGAGAAACAUAGACUCACAUUACCAUGGGCUUUAUAUACAUUUUUAUGUGAAUUAUUCAAAUUUUCUAUUCAAUUACCAUUUUUUCUACCAGGUCUUUGUUUUCAUUGGCCAAUUUAUGUUUUGGGUAAAGUUUCGGUAAAAUUUGAAAAAUAUGAAGAAUCAAGGGCACAAAACAAGAUUAUGUUAGGUUUAACCUGGCUUAUAGUGGCUUACAUUACAUUAUUUUUCUUUAUUUGGAGUAUGUGCUUAUUUACACCUAUAGGAUUAAUGCUCUCAGUUGGUGCAGUAAUUAUUUUUGCUUGGUAUCAUGUUGCUCUUGUUGAUAGUCAUUAUGAUACAUUUAAAGAAUUGAUCGCGUCAUUUAGAUUAUUAGCAGCACUUAGCGGCGGCAAGGGUAGUAAAUCAAGAGACAUUGUAGAAAAUCUUGUAACAACAAGUAGGCUAUGUUCAGAUUAUUUAAAGAAGAUCAGUGAUGAUUAUAGAAGUAAAAGUGAUGAUCUAAGAUUAGUACUAGAAAUUAGUGAAAGAGAACAAUUAAAUGAUCGAUUUGAUGAAGUUUAUAGUAAAAAAAACUAG